CCGGGUUGAGUCGGUGGGCGGAGCUUGAGUUUCCUCCGGCUCCUCCUCUUCCAGCAGGCAGCGGCUCUUCAGCUCGAGCCGUGUCCGUGUAACGCGCACGCAAACCCGGCUCACUUCUGUCCCAGUCCCCGCUUAGCGGAGUGAACCCACGGUGCGAAUUCACUCCGACGUCGCCAUUUUUGUUUGAAUUCGAAUAUCCUCGAAGUAAGGUUAGUUUUCCGCGGAAAUCUUCCCCGUAACUCAUUGUAUGGUCUCCAGAAACGAGAGCUCCAGGUCUUCACCGGGACACAACGAGGCUAACGGCCCAGAAACUGCUGCUCCCCCCCUCUGAGGCUGCCGAAGACGCGGCGGUUUAAACGACCGCACACACUAAUUAAUAACGGAAAAAACGGUUUUUCAAGGACAUUUUGGUUGCCAGCGCCGCUAUAACGACGGAUACAACAGGGUGAAAAAAAAAUGCCACUUUAUCAACAUCUCUAAACCUUUCGGCAAAGGAAACCCUCCAGACUGCUGAGUGCUACAAGACUUCACCUUUUAAAGGAGGUAUGUGCGAUUAGCAACGCAGAAGGUGGGAUCACACGCUCCAUAGCACAGGAAGCCGUUCUUCACCCACACUGAUUCCAGUCCAGCAGGUGUGAAGAUGAGGAAGUUUACGUACUGUAAAGUGGUACUGGCUACAUCUCUGGUUUGGGUGAUGAUAGAUAUGUUCAUCCUCCUCUACUUCAGCGAAUGCAACAAAUGUGACGACAAGAAAGACAGAGGACUCCCCGGGAGAGAAGAGGUGGUCCCAAGGGCUCAUGAAGGUCCGGGGGAAAUGGGGAAACCGGUGGUGAUUCCCAAGGAGCAUCAGGAGAAAAUGAAGGAGAUGUUUAAGAUCAAUCAGUUCAACCUGAUGGCUAGCGAGAUGAUCGCACUCAACCGUUCACUGCCCGACGUUCGACUUGAAGGAUGUAAAACGAAGGUGUAUCCGGAUGGCCUGCCACGCACCAGUGUGGUCAUUGUGUUCCACAAUGAGGCAUGGACGACGUUAUUGCGCACUGUGCACAGCGUCCUCAACAGAUCCCCCAGACACCUGCUGGAGGAGGUGGUGCUGGUGGAUGACGCCAGCGAGAGAGACUUCCUAAAGAGGAAUUUGGAGCAGUACGUACGGAUGCUGGAGGUUCCUGUGCGGAUCGUGCGGAUGGAACAGCGCUCAGGUCUGAUUCGUGCUCGCCUAAAGGGGGCGUCGCUCUCCACCGGUCAGGUCAUCACCUUCCUGGACGCUCACUGCGAGUGCACCGUGGGCUGGCUGGAACCUCUCCUCGCUCGCAUCAAGCAAGACAAACGAACCGUGGUGUGCCCCAUCAUUGAUGUGAUCAGUGAUGACACAUUCGAGUACAUGGCAGGCUCGGAUAUGACGUACGGAGGAUUUAACUGGAAACUGAACUUCCGCUGGUAUCCAGUUCCUCAGAGGGAGAUGGACCGCAGAAAAGGAGACAGAACUCUUCCUGUCAGGACUCCAACCAUGGCAGGUGGACUGUUCUCUAUAGACAGAGAUUACUUUGCGGAGAUUGGAACGUACGACGCAGGCAUGGACAUCUGGGGAGGAGAGAACCUGGAGAUCUCCUUCAGGAUCUGGCAGUGUGGUGGGACGCUAGAGAUUGUGACGUGUUCUCACGUGGGACACGUUUUCCGUAAGGCCACGCCAUACACGUUCCCCGGUGGCACAGGCCAGAUCAUCAACAAGAACAACAGACGUCUGGCCGAGGUGUGGAUGGAUGAGUUUAAGAAUUUCUUCUACAUCAUUUCACCUGGAGUGACGAAAGUGGACUAUGGGGACGUCUCAUCCAGGACAGCCUUGAGACAGAAGCUGCAGUGUAAGCCAUUCUCCUGGUACCUCGAGAACAUCUAUCCUGACUCUCAGAUCCCACGCCAUUACUACUCCCUGGGAGAGAUCCGUAACGUGGAGACUAACCAGUGUCUGGAUAACAUGGCUCGGAAAGAGAAUGAAAAAGUGGGCAUCUUCAAUUGUCAUGGCAUGGGAGGCAACCAGGUUUUUUCAUACACAGCCAAUAAAGAGAUUCGAACAGACGACCUGUGUCUAGACGUGUCCAAACUGAACGGGCCUGUAAUGAUGCUCAAGUGCCAUCAUCUGAAAGGCAACCAGCUGUGGGAGUACGAUCCUCUGAAGCUGACCCUGGUGCACGUGAACAGUAAUCAGUGUCUGGAUAAAGCGUCGGAGGACGACAGCCAGGUGCCCAGCGUCAGAGACUGCAGCGGCAGCCGCUCGCAACAGUGGCUCCUGCGCAAUGUCACACUGCCCGAAAUCUUCUGAGCACGCACAUGAGGACGGACAGAGAGACGCACGGAUGAUCGGACACACUCUUCACACCAGCUCUGGUGGCGUUAAAAGAAAAGGAGAGCGAACGAGGGAGGGAGGGAGGGAGGGAGCUAGAUAGGGAGAAAGCUGGAUGAUCUCUCUACACUAUCCUUUUACUUACCGAUGGUGUGGUCUUGAGGCAGAGCCAAAAUAACAGACUUACACAUGUACAUUAAUCUCCCCAUCACUCCACUUCACUGACACCCACACAGAGCUGGAGAAAGAGAGAAGAAGAAGAAGAAGAAGAAGAAGAAGAAGAGACUGUAUUUAACGCAGAGAAACUUAGGAUCUGUGGCCUUGUCUUCCUUUAAGGAGCAGAGGGUGAUUAGGUGAUGUUUACCAAUUGCCUCCUUUUUAGAAUAUCUGAAUAUUGUGUGCAUGUGCACGCAAGUGUGAGUGUGAGUGUGAGUGUGUGUGUGUGUGUGUGUGUGUGUGUGUGUGUGUGUGUGUGUGUGUGUGUGUGUGUGUGUGUGAGUGUGUGUGUGUGUGGCUGAAACAGGGAGACUGUAUGUGUGGCUACACUGUUGCUUUUUAUUUAAUUCGUUCACAAGUUUAACUAGCAUCGAGCACAUUCAGAUGGCAACACAUAUCAGUAGCUGCUUUUAUCAUCUGUUCUCUGAUUGGUCAACGUAGGAGCCAUGGACUUCCUCUACGACGUAGAUUCAUCUAAUCCUCUAAUUAAGGACGAACAUAAAAUAUCAGAUUAGAAGCAAGAAUUACGUCGAAUCUUUUGUCUGUUAUAUAGAUUUUUUUUUUUGCCUCAGUCAUUCCUUGAAUUUUAAACGUAUUUACUUUUAAGUUUGCAAAUGUGUGUUGUUUUUUUGUUGUUUUUUAAUUGCUUCCUCUGUAUUUAAGUCCCUCUGGUUAGUAACAGUUACAUUCUACGUAGACAUAAGGAUUUCUUUAAGGAGUGAGAGAGCCGUUAUUUUGACAUGGAAUCAUGUAUCAGUUACAAAUUGAAGGGCUUAGCCUUGACACCGUGUGUGUGUGUGUGUGUGUGUGUGCGCGCGCGUUUUCUUUUUUUCUGUAUGGAAAUUGUUACUGUUUUUUGUGUGUGUAAAUCCUGUAUUUAAAUCCACACACACACACACACACACACACAGCAUCACUUUGGUUUGUUUUGUUUUUAUAACCUGUGCAAAGGCCAAAAGAGAUUCAGUUAGCAUAUGACUUAUUUUACUGAUUUAUUUCAUUGUUAUUCACUCAUUUCAUUGACUUUUUGUAUUGCUUUGUAAAAUCAUGUGAUUCGUUAAUGUUUUGUGUCUGUACUUUGUUCUCAUAUCAAUGGAGGCUGCAAAAAAAAAAAAAAAAAGAAAAGAAAAGGAAAAAAAAGAGAAUGCUGCUUAGCACUGACUGUGGAUGUGAAAGACAGAUGCCCUGCUCCCCGCUUCAAAAUGUCUCACCCUCUGCUAUCUGGACAAAGGACAAACAGGACAUUUUCUCACAGGAUAAAGACUUGGAACGGCAUGAUGGAAAGGAAUAAGAGCAAGCUGAUACUCUUUUGUGUGUGUGUGUGUGUGUGUGUGUGUGUGUGUGUGUGUGUGUGUGUGUGUGUGUGUGUGUGUGUGUGUGUGUGUGUGUGUGUGUGUGUGUGUGAGAGAGAGAGAGAGAGAGAGAGAGUCAGAAAGGGACAUCAGAGAUCUACCCAUCAUCCUUCUCCUUCAGUCCCUUAUGGACAACUAGAGUUUACACAGAUUUUCACCCUUCCUCUGAUGUGACUGGAUGUCAUCUCUACAGAGGUGUGUGUGUGUGUGUGUGUGUGUGUGUGUGUGUGUGUGUGUGUGUGUGUGUGUGUGUGUGUGUGUGUGUGUGUGUGUGUGUGUGUGUGUGUGUGUGUGUGUGUGUGUGUGUGUGUGUGACAGCAGCAUGCAUGUGUGUUAAUGUUUUUAACUGUCAGAGGGAUUUUUUUUCUUUAAAGCUUAAUGAUGGUGUGGCCUGAUGAUUGACAGGACACAGAACACAGAGCUUGAUCCACAGGCUGGAGAAAUAAACUAGAGGAAGUUUACAGUCCAGCAGA